CUUGCCACUUUUUCGAAUGCUCUCAUCCUUUAAUUUUUCACCAUCGCUGUGAUCUUUCUAUAAAUCCUCUGUUUCUGCUAUCUUUUUUCUCUACUAUCCAUUCACACUUGUCUAAAAGAGGAAGAGAGAGACACACACACACAUAUUGAGAGAGAACCAUUUCUGGGUUUGGAAGAAAAGAGCUAGUGGUCAUUUCUGGGUUUGGAAGAUAAGAGCUAGAUAGUGCAAACAAACAAGGGGUUUCACAGAGAGAGAGAGAGAGAGAGAGAGAGAGAGAGAGAAUGUUGGAAGGGAAAGCAGUGAUAGAGGACACGGAUAUGCCCGUGAAGAUGCAAAUCCAAGCAAUGUCUGCUGCUUCUCAAGCUUUGGAUCUCUUUGAUGUUCUCGACUACAUCUCCAUUGCUUCCCACAUCAAAAAGGAAUUUGACAAGAGAUGUGGGAGCGGAUGGCAAUGCGUGGUGGGAUCGAAUUUCGGGUGUUUCUUCACUCAUACCAAAGGAACUUUCAUCUAUUUCACAUUGGAGACCCUCAAUUUCCUCAUCUUCAAAGCAGCUUCCUCUCCUCCUCCUUAAACCUCCUUCUCGUGUUUGUUUCCAGAUAAAGUUCCGGACAUGGUAGGUAGGAAAAGCAAAGCAAAGCAGCUUUACUUUUAGCCCACAAGAAGUGCAUUUUUAGCUUUCUUUUCUUUCGUCUUUAGGUUUUGGUGGUUUGUUUGUAUUGCAUUAGAGGAGCAUUUACAAUGCCUCAUUUAUACAGGUUUGUGCUGUGUCUCUGUUUUCUACUAAUACUAAUGUCCCUCUUGACCUUUAA